AUGACGGACCCUAAUUCAGAACACCACCUUCACAGGUACGGCAACUGGAUGCCAGCAGACUACAAAGCUCACCAAGAAUGGCUGGGGGGAAUAAUCAAGAAAGUCGACGACGAGUCUCAGAAACCCCUCCACCCGGUCCUAGAGGAAUUCAGACAACUCAUCGAAUCGAACACUCGCAUAUACAUGCUCUUGACUUCAAUGUUCAAGGAAGUCCCACGGAAGAAGCGAUACGGCCACGACGUAACGGGAAACCCUGAAAUCCGCGACUAUAACCAUUUCCUGCGUGUUCUCAACCAUCUCCUCACCACUGCGCCUUCCUGGACCGACAAGGCAAACCGCGUCGGGCUAGUCGGUUUGCCUAUUAAUGCCGUCCUCGACUGGCCGAUGGGUACACCUAGUGGAUAUGCGGCCUUCCUAGAUCCCGAGAUCAACGCGAUGAUCAAGAAGAUCUUGAAUGUGUGGGGCGAAUUCCUGCGCUCUCCCGCUUCCGCCGAUGUGCUGAAUAACACCUCUCACGGAUGGUUCGGUAAGACUGGCCGUCGGGAUCUUACAGCUGUUGCAAAGAUCGGUCCGCUAGCGCAGACGGAACUGGAAUUCCAUGACAUGUUUGAAUGUGACCCAUAUGCUCCAAAUCACGGCUUCAAGUCAUGGGAUGACUUCUUCACCCGCACCCUCAGGGAGGGAAUACGCCCCGUCGCAGAUCCGGAGGACGGAAAGGUUAUCGCUAACGCGUGCGAGUCGAGGCCGUAUAGGAUUGCGCACCAUGUUAAAGUGCGUGACCACUUCUGGAUCAAGAGCCAGCCCUACUCUGUGCUCGAUAUGCUGGGCCAUGAUGAACUUGCGUCGCAGUUUGUUGGCGGCACUAUUUAUCAGGCAUUCCUUAGUGCGUUAAGUUAUCACCGUUGGCACGCGCCUGUUAGUGGGAAGGUUGUCAAGGCCUAUGUUGUUAACGGCACUUACUAUUCCGAACCGUUGUUCGAAGGUGUUGGGAACCCGGAUGUUGAGCAGAAGGAUAUUGACAUGGCAGGUCAGGUCACUUCGCAGGGAUACAUCACUUCAACCGCCACGCGAGCACUCAUUUUCAUCGAAGCGGAUGAGCCAGCCAUUGGGUUGGUGGCAUUCAUUGGAGUUGGAAUGGCAGAGGUCUCCACCUGUGAUAUCACCGUCAAGGAGGGCGAUAAAUUGAAGAAGGGAGAUGAAAUUGGCAUGUUCCAUUUUGGUGGUUCGACACAUUGUCUUCUUUUCCGAAAGGGUGUCCAUGUCUCUGGCUUCCCAGAGCCCGGACUGGCAGAGAACAAGCCUGUUCGAAGCAAACUAGCAGUCGUCUCGUGA